AAAAUAAGAAAGAAGAAGAAGAAGAAGAAGAAGAAAAAGAACGGGAACGCGGCGAGCCUCAUGGACUGGCGGGACGUACGUUGGACCACUCGGGGUGGUGGUUGUGGAUUUUGCACUGCAGGCUUACGGCCGUCAUGAAGUCCUUUAUAUAUGUGCCUCGUCAGUCCCUGCCACAUGCUUUGUCGGGUUGGUUCACCCACGCCGAGGCGUGGACGACUUCACGGGCCAGGACCCAGCAAUGAGAGGGGGCUAUGGGAGGGAGGUGAGAUGUCACGCACCCACGUCUUUGCAAAGUUUUUGAAUUUGAAGCUCCUCUCCACGGCCUCCCCGUCGUUCACCAGCGCCCAGCGGCCGGCCCCCAGUAGCGUCUCCAGCAUCGCGGACAGCGAGGCCUCGUCGGAGCCCUGCGAGAAGCGGGCUGUGGCCUGUGCCGGGGCGGCGGGGGUCGUCGACAUGGCUCGGCGGUGCGGGUGGCGGUGUGGCUGCUCGACGGGCCGAGGCGAUGACGACGAUGCUCUCGAGAAGAUGGAUGAUGCGGUGAGUGAUCGCGGUGUUUGGCGUGCGAGGCGGCGGAGGAGGACCGAGGCGCUCAUCUCUGAGGAGAUGAUUAGAGAGGGAGUGGGUGAGCAGUGAUAUGAGUUCUGCAGAGCGUCUGCGCAAUACCUACCUAGGUAGUGAAGAAGAGCCCGCGGGACUGUUUGAAGGUUGCCGUGUAGGGAUGUACCUACCCCUGCCGCUGUCGAGCUCGGGUGGGGGUCCUGAUAAGAUUGGCCAGUCACCUAGUUGUCUCUUAUAGUCUCAUCCUCUCUUUUACAUGAACACAUGUUGAACUACGAGUUGCCUUUCCUGCAAGGCGAGUAUAAAUCGGCUACCAA